GUUUAUAAUUAUAAACUGCGUAUAAAACGGCAAAUAGGCGAGAUUGUACGCCAUUCUCUUUGUCAUGCAAGAAUUACUUAAAUAUACAGUAUGAGUAGAUUAAAAUAUUUAUUUAAUCUGUUUUCAUUUGAUCAUAUGGUCUUGUGAUAACUUUGUGAUAAAUCUUUUAGCUUUAAUUUAAAUUCAUUAGUGUCUUCAUCUGAGAAACUUGUGUUCCGAUGUCUAUAAUAUUUCAAGCAGGAUGUACCAUUAUUGUAUGUUAUUCCUGUUUGACCAUGUCUUUGAUGUACGCCUGGCCAUCAUCUACCAUAAAAUUAUUUUUAUCUACCAACACAACUUUAAAUAGACAAAUGGAUGAAAACGAAAUAGCAUUAUUCGGCAGUUUCUCAUCAAUAAGUGCUAUAUUUGUUACGCCAUUUUCGGGAUUUCUUCUUGAUAGAAUUGGCAGAAAGAACAGCUGUAUUUUGUUCUCUUUGCCACAAGUGAUCGCGUGGCUUAUAGUGUCAAUUAGUCUAAGAGUUGAGGCAGUUCUCGGUGCUAUGUUUAUAUCAGGAUUUGGUGGUUGCAUAUUACUCCUAGCUCCGGUCUACGUUAGUGAGUUCUGUCAGGAAUCAGUACGAGGAAUGAUGACUUCAAUGUCAAUGAUAUCGUAUGGCCUAGGUAUCCUAGUCUCGUAUCUAUUAGGAGGAUGCUUGGAGUACCAGACGAUGACUUAUGUUUGUCUAUCUAUGUCUGUACUGGGCAUAGUAAUGUUGUGGCCGCUAAAGGAAUCGCCGUUGCAUUUGAUGAAACAGAAUCUUGAGGAGGAUGCUGUAGAAGCUGUUGCAUUCUAUAGACGUGUAGAAAUUGAUUCAAAAGUGAUAACACAAGAGAUAAAUGCAAUAAAAAGAGUUCUCAGUGCAGAUAUUGAAAAUUCUCCAGAAGAAGAAAGUUUAAAUCCGAAUACGAAAACAAAGGAGAAGAUAUCGAAAUGGCAGUUUCUAAAAAAAUCUCGUUCUACCCGUCGUGCGUUGUUCGUGGCAUUAACAUUGUACUCAGCGACGAUGUUCCAAGGCCUAGUUGGUGUUCAGGUGUAUGCUGAUCCGGUGUUUGAGAAGGCUCUACCUAAUAUGCCAACGACAAUCUCUUGUGUGAUUUUAGCUAUAGUUUUUGUCCUCGCUGGAUGUGCUGCUGCUUACUUUAUGGAUGUAGCUGGAAGAAGGCCUCUAAUGAUCUACUCGUCGUUUACCGCUGGCAUAUGCUGUGUGGUUCUAGGAACACAAAUUCACUUGCAUUGGGGUCCUCACUGGAUUACUGGCAUCUUUGUUUAUACCUUUUGCAUCGCUUAUAACUUCGGUGCCGGUACGGUACCUUAUGUGUUUGGUGCUGAAGUCUUCUUACCAGAAAUUAAAAGUCUAGUAUCUAUGCUCUCCAUGGAAUGGGCGUGGAUAUGCAACUUUAUCAUUCUCUACAUAUUCACACCUUUAGUAGCUGCUAUAGGAUUAGGACCUGUGUUCUAUAUAUUUGCCAUUGUUUGCUUCGCUUCUGCGAUAUUUAGUUAUUACUUCUUACCAGAGACAAAAGGAUUGCCUGUUGAUGUUAUUCAGACACUUCUAGUUAAGAAUUAGACGUGGAUCUCUUACUCAGUGUAGGUAGAGUUCAGAGUGGGAAUGAAGUUGUCCAUCUGUUAAUUUUUGUGAUUUUUUAAGUGAAAAAAUUAAUAAAUAGUCUGUGUGUUCUUCCAGACUAUUUUCUGCAUCCUUGCCAAAUUUCGGCAAGAUCCGUGCAGCCGUUCUGAAGAUACGUUCCAACAAAUAUCCAACCAUCCUUCUAUAAAUUCGCAUUUAUAAUAUAAGUAAGAGUAUUGGAAGUAAUUUUUCUCGAAAUCUGUGGUAGGAAAUGGUUUGUGAUAUGCAAUAGUCAAAUGAAUGCAUGUAGCUUUGACUUUUUUCUUCGUAUUUUAUUUUAGAACAUCCUCUAUUAACUCUGCCUCUUUUGAGAUAUUUUUUUUCCCUCAAAAUUUUCUUA